UUUCUUGACAAUGUCAAUGUCAUUGUUACUUUCCCGGCUCGCCACUGGCAUUAAGCAAGUCAGAGCAAACGGUGACUUCGCCUUGUCUGUUAAAAAAUCGGUUCAUAACAUAUCUGCGGCAAUUUUUCAAAAUAUGGAAUACAAAGUUGUCGAAAGGGGCUCCCCAUACUCCCAAGACUACAGGGUUUAUAUCUAUGACAACAAUGGUCCAAUUUCACCCUUACAUGAUAUUCCUUUGGUUGUCGAUGCCAAUAAAAAAAUCUUCAAUAUGGUUGUGGAAAUACCAAGGUGGACAAAUGCUAAAAUGGAGAUAACCAUGAAAGAAAUAUUAAACCCAAUUAAGCAAGAUAUAAAGAAGGGAAAACCAAGGUUUGUUGCGAAUUGCUUUCCCCAUAAAGGCUAUAUCUGGAACUACGGUGCUCUACCCCAAACUUGGGAAAACCCUGAACAUCUAGAUGAUGGAACAGGGUGUAAAGGAGACAAUGACCCCAUUGACGUUAUUGAGAUUGGAUAUAGAGUUUGUAAAAGGGGCGAAGUCAUCCCUGUUAAAAUAAUCGGAACGAUUGCCUUGAUAGAUGAGGGAGAGACUGACUGGAAAUUGAUUGCCAUCAAUGUGAAUGAUCCCCUAGCUGAUCAAAUCAACGAUGUGUCUGAUGUCGAGAAACAUUUCCCUGGUCUGUUGAAGGCUUCUGUUGAGUGGUUUAAAAUCUACAAGAUCCCAGAUGGAAAGCCUGAAAAUCAGUUUGCUUUCAAUGGGGAGGCUAAAAAUGCCCAGUUUGCUCUGAAAAUUGUUGAUGAGGUACACAAAUUCUGGAAGUCUCUUGUAAAUAAAGAAGUUGAGGCUAAUGGAAUAUCAUGUGUUAAUACAUCAAUUGAAGGCAGCGAAUUCAAAGUAACACAGGCAGAAGCACAAGAAGUAGUCAAUAAGACUCCCCCACUAGGUGCUGCUCAUGAUAUUGAUACAACUGUUGAUAAAAUUUAUUAUGUCACACAUUCAUGCAGAUGUAGAUUAUGAGGUUAUCAAACCUGUGACAAUGAUACUGAAGAAUUGUGGACAAAUGGCACUUUGUUCAUCUCAAAUGAGAUGACCAUCUACAAACAACCAGGACAAGCAUUUCUACUGCUAAGUUAAAAAAAAUAAAUCUAGUAAAAUA